CCGUGCGGCGCUGCCGGAAUGUCUGCGAUUUAUCGGUAAGACAGAGUGGGGGGCGGAUCGGGCGAGGCUGUCGCGCACUCAGUGGUUAGGGUCAUCGCAUGGUUCCGCUGGUCUCGACAAUCGCGAACCACCACCCCUUAACCCCCCACCUCUUUCACCUAUCACCACUCAAUCGGCUUUAAAGGCUCAGUCGAACCCCAGGUCGGUUCAGUUCGGCACCACGUGCCGGUAGCAGCCGCCAAAUUCGGUUUUAAAAUAAAAAUAAAGUAAAAAAGAAUUUUACCUCAGAGGGUCGAAAAGUCGAUCGUCGAGUUACAACUGUGAACGUUAGAUUUUCCGUAUAGAAAUCUCGAGCAACGCUGAUACCGAUCUUUGGAUAAAAAUAGUUUAUCAAAAAUACCGGUCAACAACGUACAGAGUUCGGUUACGGUCGAAAGUCAACAGAACGUACCUUCGAAUCCAGAGAAUAUUCAUACCGAUCUUUUACAGUUUCUCGCUUUUGCUGUGUCGAUUCCUUUCAUUUAUCGCUGAAAAGAGAAGAAAACUAAACACACUAACCAACCAUGCAUUGGAAGAUAUUUUCCUGCUGGAGGAUCAGUCCCGCUGCUUCCGCGACUCCGGAAGAUGAUUCUGGAGCUCCGAAGGCCGCAGGCAACCGAGAUAUGGACGCCAAAAAGCUGCAGGAGCUGGAGAGCCAGGAAGUCCCGAAGGAACGUGGCAGUCAGUGGCUCCAGUUUAUGGCAGCAGUAAGCGCGUGCUUAGGAGUGAUGGCAUGCGGUGGUCACCUUGGCUGGACGUCACCAGCACUACCGUACCUAACAGGCCCAGACUCCGAGUUCCCAGUGACGAAGGGCGAAGGAGCCUGGGUAGCAUCACUAUACACCCUCGGCGGAAUUUUAGCCUCAUUCAUAAGUGGAGCGUGUGUCGAUCGCCUGGGCCGGAAGUUCUCCUUACUGGCGUUCGCGCUACCGCAACUAGCCGGUUGGGGUCUGGUGGUGGCCGCAAAGAGCGUGAUGACCUUGUACGUGGCCCGUUUCGUCGCGGGUAUCGGUCACGGCGGUAUUUACAACGUGGCUGUGAUAUACCUUGGCGAAAUAGCGGACAAAAACAUCCGUGGUGCACUGGGAACGUUCCUGAAGAUGUCGACGAACGUUGGAACACUCUUCGUCACAGCAGUCGGUGCCUACCUCCCCUACUGGCAGCUGAAUCUGGUCUCGAUGGUCGUCCCGUUGACCUUCGUAGCAACCUUCGUCUUCAUGCCCGAGACGCCGUACUUCUUUCUCAUAAAGGGCCGCGACGCGGAGGCUGAGCGCGCCCUCAUGCGGCUGCGUCGAGUAGCCAAGCCCGAGAGCGUCCGCACUGACAUGGCGGCCAUGAAGGAGGCUGUGAUCGAGGGUCAGCGAUCGACGCGCAACGCGCUCUUCGAGCUUGUCGGGACGCGAGGAAACCGUCGCGCCCUCUUGAUCCUCCUGGGCCUCAAGGCCACGCAGCAGUUCUCCGGUCACAUGGCGAUCGUCGCCUACACGCAGGAGAUAUUCAGCCACAGUGGCUCGUCACUCGCACCCAGUGAGGCCGUCAUCGUCCUCGGGGGGGCGCAGCUGGUCGCCGGCGUGAUAGCAGCUGGUCUGGUCGACCGUCUGGGACGGCGACCGCUGAUGAUGGCAUCCGGUAUCACCGCUGCGCUGGCGCUCGGGGUUGAGGGCCUUUUCUUCUACUUGAAGUACGAAGUCCAGGCAGAUGUAUCGUUGUUCACGUGGUUACCGAUAGUUGCGCUGAUCACCUACGAGGUUAUGGUCGCCCUGGGAAUCGGAACGCUGCCGUACGUCCUGCUCGGCGAGCUAUUUCCCACUAACGUCAAGGGCCCAGCGGUCGCCUGUGGGAUAAUCGUGGGGUCGUUCUUCGCCUUCCUCGUAGGACUUGGAUACCAGUCGCUGAAUUCGGUCGCCGGAAUCUACACGACAUUCUGGAUAUUCUCCGUAUGCUGCGCGUCCGGCACGCUCUUCGUGUUCUGGAUAUCGCCCGAGACCAAGGGCAAGACCCUUGAGGAGAUUCAGAGGGAGCUCAACCCCCCCGCGAAGAUCCUUCCUGGACCUUGAAAACGCAGGCGGAGCAGCCCGAUGGAGAUGAUCUCGCGAGCUCGCGCACCCCGAAGUGUUUUCCACGCGUCAGGUACUUCCAGGGUGGUAAAUAGAAGGCGGCCUUACUUUCUCGACAACUGUCCUUCGGGAUUAAUUCGAGGGCCGAUUUCGGGCACGGAGGAAUCGAUGACGAAGCGGAUACCGAAGACUGACGAUUAUGGAUCCCGUCGAUUGUCGACCUCAUCGAGAGGACUAACUGCCCAGAUUCUAGUCUUUGUACCCAAAUAAUUAAUUUUUCAUUUGUCAUUUUUAUCCUUCGGCACGAUGCGUGUGCUUCGAUUUGAAUGAUAGUGAAACAGUUUUCUUCUCACUACUCAUAUGAAGAGACGUUUUUUCAUUAAGACUAUUUUGAACUAUUUCAAUGUUGUUCCAUGAUUUGUUUUAUUUUGAAACACUACCUUCCAGCAGUAAAUCAAGAUAAAGAUAGCAAUCACUCUUCUCAUCAGAUUCUUUUUUUUCUCGAUCCAGUUUUGGAUGAUGAGCUAUACUGAUAUUUUCUCGCUGUCGCUGGUUGACUCGACUCACGUUUCUGCCGAGUCCUUUCAUCAAAUUCUUCUACGUCACGUGCUUUUAAUAAUCACGUAUUUGGGGGUGCGUAAUUUUUAUUGCACAGCUCAAUGUUGUAUUUAUCUUUUCAUAACUAGUACAGUCGAAUUUGAAGUUGAAGUUGAAGUUGAAAAAGUCACGGUCAAGUUUGUCAGCACAGGAAGUUUUUUUCAGUGCAAUUCUUUUUCUUGCACAGACUGCAGAAUGAAAAAUCCACGUCCAUCAAAUUAUUGCUAGAUAAUAUUUCUCCUUUCAUAUUAUUAAAACUGACAGUAAAUUUGUCAAAUCGAUAGAAUUAAUGAUAAGGAUAAGCAGAAUGGCUACUUGAC